AGAGGAGCAGCUAACUCGUGUGACUGAAGUUCAGAGGUUGCAGGCCCAGCAGGCAGAUGCUGCUCUGGAAGAGUUUAAGCGGCAAGUGGAACUGAACUCAGAGAAAGUCUAUGCUGAAAUGAAAGAGCAGAUGGAAAAAGUAGAAGCAGAUCUAACUAGAUCUAAGUCCCUUCGUGAGAAACAAUCAAAGGAGUUUUUAUGGCAACUGGAGGAUGUCAAACAGCGAUACGAACAGCAGAUAGUAGAGCUGAAGCUGGAGCAUGAACAGGAGAAGACGCACCUAUUACAGCAGCAUAACGCAGAGAAGGAUAGCCUAGUCCGAGACCAUGAACGGGAAAUUGAAAACCUGGAAAAACAGCUUCGCGCUGCCAAUAUGGAGCACGAAAAUCAAAUUCAGGAGUUCAAGAAACGAGAUGCACAGGUUAUUGCUGACAUGGAGACCCAGGUUCACAAGUUGAGAGAAGAGCUGAUUAGUGUGAAUUCACAGCGGAAACAGCAGCUGGUAGAGCUUGGUCUUCUUCGUGAAGAGGAAAAGCAAAGGGCGGCACGGGACCAUGAGACUGCUGUCAACAAACUGAAGGCUGAAUCAGAAAAGAUGAAAAUAGAGUUGAAAAAGACCCAUGCUGCUGAGACAGAGAUGACAUUGGAAAAGGCUAACAGCAGGCUGAAGCAGAUUGAGAAGGAAUAUACUCAGAAACUUGCCAAAUCUUCACAGAUCAUAGCAGAACUUCAGACAACCAUUUCCUCUCUGAAAGAGGAGAACAGCCGGCAGCAGCUUGCUGCAGAAAGGCGGCUCCAGGAUGUUGUACAAAAGUUUGAAGAUGAGAAGCAGCAGCUGAUUAGAGAUAAUGACCGAGCAAUCAAGGUUUUACAAGAUGAACUUGAAAACCGUUGUAAUCAGGUGCGAUGUGCAGAGAAAAAAUUACAGCACAAAGAAUUGGAGGCACAAGAACAGAUAACUUACAUAAGACAAGAAUAUGAAACAAAAUUCAAAGGGUUGAUGCCAGCAUCUCUAAGACAAGAACUUGAAGACACAAUUUCCUCCUUAAAAUCCCAGGUUAACUUUCUGCAAAAGAGAGCAUCCAUCCUGCAAGAAGAACUGACUACGUACCAAAGCAGAAGGUAACUUCAUGAGAGGAUGCAUUGGAUGCUGUUGUCCAGGCUGCACUGUGGAUUUCUUCCAGCAGGUUUGAAGAUUUGAAUAUUGUGAACUGUGAGAUCAGUGGCAUUUUUUAAUACUUAAAUGUAAUUAAGAUCAUAAAAACUUGCAUCAUUCA